AUGAAAUCUGAAGCAACACCGUUGGAUCAACCUGUCAUGACGGAAGAGGAUUCAAAUGAAUCGGUAACCCUUGAACAAAAAGAAGUUGUUCUUGAAACUCCUCCUGUUCGUAAGGUAACUUUCAUUUCGAUUGAUAAUGCAACUGAUGUUACUGAAGAUUUUGAUUUGGUAAAUACUAGACCUUUCUGUUGUUCUUCACAAACUUCACCUAUCAUUGCCUCUUUUGAUGCCGACCCUCUUCCUCCAUAUGAUCCAAAAAAUAAUUUUCUUUCCUCUAGACCUCAGUUUCUUCGUUACAAACCAAACCCAAGAAUUGAACUUUUACUAAACAAAGUCGAUGGGAAUGAUGGUUAUGGAGAAUAUGAUGUUAUUGGUCUUGAAGAUGGCUUUAAUCUUUCUGAUACGGUAACUGAAUCUUAA